AGAGCCUAACCAAACCAACCAAGCCGAAGGAGUCGAGCCGAGCCGCCUUCGUCUUUGCACCUCCGGUCCGCCUCCGCCGCCGCGGCGCCGCCGAUCGUGCAGCCGGCGUCAAUGGCGGCGGCCGGCGACCUGACCGACGAGGAGCGCCGCGCGCUCCGGGGGAGCAAGUUUGCGCCCCUUCCCGCGCCUACUGCUCCUUCUCGCCCCCAGCCAAGAAUGGCUCAUCCUGGAGGAGCACUGACUACAAACAAGGCUGCAGCUUUGGCAAAAUUCCUUGAGAGAAAGCUUCAGCAGCCUGAUGGGCUGGACUCUCUGAACCCAGACCUUGUCAAACUGGCUGUGAGAAAUGCAAAGGAGACAAUAAAGGCUAGCAAGGGUGAACCAUCAACUUCAGGAAGAAUAGUACGGCAUGUUUCAGCAUUUGAAGAUUCAUCUGAGGAUUCUGAGGGUUCAAGAGAUGGAGCAGAAGUCAAGGGGGUCAAAAGAAAAAGGAAGAAUAAGAAGGAUAAGAGUUGUCAACUUGAAGUAGAACAGAGCAAUAAAAAGAAGAAGAAAAAGAAAAAUAUGAAGGCUGCUAAAGAUUUCAAGGCCCAUAAAGCAUCGAAGAAGAAGAAAAAGUUGAAGUUGCUAUGAUUCUGUAACUUCUUUGGUAUCAGGGUGCUGAAAGCAUACCUCCUGUUGUCAUUUUUCUUCAUUCCAUUUGCUUUGAAGUCCAUUUGUUGUAAACACUUGCUCUUCCCGUCAUAUUUGUUCGCCUGGUAAACUACCUCUCAUAUGAUGGCUGGAAGUCUCAUUGGGUACCUGUAUGAAAUUUACAAUUUACAGUGCACAAUACAAUUAUACAAACCUGGAAAAUCCAAAUGCUGCAAAAUUGAAUUACUGGUACCGGCUUGCUGUUCGCUCACCUGGGACAAUGGAACCAGUCAAACACGAAUUUCAUUGUAUUUUAUACAACAAUAUUUUUCUUUCUUUUUGGCUGUACGAUGAUGCUGAGAUGAUGAUGAUAUGAUGAUUCAGCUCGAGAUGUCGGGGGCAAAUGAAAUGAUGG